AUGAAUACUACAUCGGAUGUGCCGGGCGAUACGGAGCCCGUUACUACCCGUCGGGUGAAUGACUCCACCGAACCGAGUCAGAGUACCGGAUACAUCACACUCACCGUGCCAUCGAUCGUGGAAGAUCUGCAGGAUGCGGACGGACGACCGUCAACGCCUACCACCUAUCAAAAGCGCCCUGCCUCGGUAUACUCUACCGGGCGCGCACCACCAAUCAUCCGUGCCGUCUCGUAUCAACCAUCCAUCGCUGCCACCUCCACGCACAACUCCGGCGAUCAUCACGUACCGCCACCGUCCACGGCGGAAGAAAAGUCCAAGUUUACCCGCCGAUAUCUGGCCGGCGUGACGGGCAUCAGCUACGCCCUGUUUCUGAUCGUGUUCGGGCUGAUCGCGUUCAUCACCGACGCGGUGGAGAACAAUGCACGCUAUCCGCUGGCGGAAGUGUUCGCCCUCUACAUGGUAUCGACCGGUAUCGUGUACUUCGUCUUCCUCUACAUCGACAUCCGGCUGUACGUGCGGCGAGCGCAGAAAGCGCUGGAAGAGCUGCAGCGCCGUCGGCAGCUGUACGCGGACCAGCUGGAGCAGUCCGAGACGGUGGCGCUCGGCAAUGGCGGAGGCCCACUGGAGUUGUCGGUGCCCGUACCCCGACCCGUGCCGGCGAACUGGGAGCUGCCACCGUUGAAACCGAUCCGUCACGAUUACUGCUUCGUUACGGGACGCCACGGUGAGAUCAUCUACCUGAAGCUCGGUGCGACCUGGUUCUGUUUCGGGCUGCUGAUCCACUCGGUGCUGCUGCUCUCCUAUCAGGGCAUCCUGAUGAACAGCCGGGACGGCAAGUGGGCCCAGUGUGCGUCCAACACCACCAUCGCGAUGGAGGUGCUGUUUCUGUUCUACUGUCUGUUUCUGAUCUUUUUCUUCUGGAAGUACGCCAACAUCGUCAUCAACCGGUACCGUGGGUUGGCCCGGUUUGGCAUCAUGCACGCGAUCGGUACGGCACUCGCGUUCUGGGUGCUGACGAUCGUGCGCGAAACGGUCGUAGCGAUACGGAUCAAGCAGUCGUACUACGACGAUGAUGCACCAUCGGUGGAGGCGCUAGUAUCGGCGGAUGAUGAUGCGAGCCGCGAUACGUCCAUGAUCGCACCACACGACUGCCCCGGACCGGAAGAGUUAAACCAGGUGCUGGCAUCGUUCUCGCCCUAUCUGUAUCCGUUCGUGAUAGAGUUUAACAUUCUGAUUGUGGGGCUGCUGUACAUGAUUUACGCUAACAUUAGCAAGUGUCCGAAGAAGAUAACGGUCAAGGGACACAAGGGCCAUCAUCACCAUUCCGGCGAUGGGCAGGCAUCGAAGGCUGGCGGCAGUGUGAUGGACUUUGAUGGGAAGAGCGAGUGUAGCGACCACUGUGACGAUACGCUGGACCAUGAGGCGCAGGUCAAGUCACGGCUGGUAGUGUACGGUGACUGUCAGCAUGCGAGCCGUGGCCUGUUUGCUGGGUUAAUACUGGUCGUCGCUACCAUCGUGGUUAUCAUACUCUUCCACAUUGCGUCGCGAGAUGAUGACUACCGCGACACCGGUAUCCUGCUGGACGGUAUCUUCGAGGUGACGGUACUCGGCAUCAUGAUCUUUGCCACCAUCGCCGCCUACUACCAAACGUCCCGUCUCGACAUUAACCCGCACCCAAUUUCGCGCCUAGACGACGUGCUUCUCUUCAUCGCCAUUCCCGCCUUCUUCUCGGAAACGCUCUUCAGCAUGAUACCGGCGUUCGAGAACAGUUCCAUCCUGAACGGGUUCAUCGUGUUCACACAGAUCGUGCAGGUGCUGAUACAGACGCCCUGGAUCUGUGACGCCCUUCGGCGCUGCUCCAACACAGAGGAGCUUCAGCAGAAAAAGCCUGGCAAAGAGCUGGUCACGUUCAUGACCAUCGCGAACGUGUCGCUGUGGGUGUACUACACAUUCUCGGUCAAGACGGGUGACUUUGGCGAUGAGCGGUACGAGUACUACGGUGAUGUGCUGUGGUCGAUACUGAACCAUCUGUCGCUGCCGCUCAUCAUGUUCUACCGGUUUCAUUCGUCCGUCUGUCUGGUGGACAUAUGGCGCCAUUCGUACGAGCCGGGCGAGAUGGCACACUAG